AUGUCCACGAACACUUAUCAUAUGCCUCAACAACUUCCUCAAGUAGAACAAGUUGAACAAGUAAAUCAAUACGCUCAUACUCCACAACAAACAAAUCAACAGCAACUUUAUCAACAAUUACAACGACAAUACAUACAGCAACAGUUUGUUCAACAACCAGUUGCUCAACAAUUAACAUCCUCGGAACAAUUAACUUCAACACGUCAAUUGUCGCAGCCCGUAGUACCGACGCAAGCUCUCCCGCAAGCUCCUAAUGUAUAUCACCAGCAACAAUCGUCUCAUUUUCCUCGACAACAAUCUCAAGAACCUCAAUUAUUGCCUCAUCAAUUAUUGUGGUAUCUGGCGGAACAUUAUUUAAUAAAAGCAUCUGCAUUAUCCACUUCAUCUCUAGUUAAUUUUCCAGCAUUAUCCCCACAACACCAACAACAUAUUUUGGUAGCGAUCAAAUGUUUGGAAUCGGUUCUUACAAGUAUGAUGACUGGGAAUAAUUAUAUGGCAUUACUUGAUAAUGUUACAGAACUCAAGUUCAAAAUGAUUGACCUUCAAUGUAACAUUUUCAAAAGCACAAAUAACCUUAAAGUAGCGAGAAAUCUAAUGAAAUCAAGUGCACUUGAAUCAAUGGAGAGUAAUAUGCCAAAUUGGACAUAUCACUUUUUGUUAAAACGCUCAGAAUUUUAUUAUGCUGAGGGUGAUUUUAAUGGAUGUUUAUCGGUAUUAAAACAAGCGGAGACAAUGGCAGAUCAGAGAGGGGACGUUGAAAUGAAGGCAUGCCUUCUAAUUACAAUCGCUCAAUAUGCGUUUUCAAGCCAAAAUUAUCCAAUAGCGCAACACGCUCUCGCUGAACUAUCAACGGUUUAUUUUCCACCGCCUUCCAAUAUGGCCACUGACAAGUUAACAGAAGUGCAUCAUAUUCUAGAUCAAAAACGGGAUGAGGAGACGGUAGAUGAGUUGAAAGGGUAUACCACGAUACAUAUAUCUGCCGCUCCAACAACUUCAAUGACAACAUAUACGAAUGCUGCAUCAUCAGCAUCAAGUUUGCCAGUCACGAUUCGUUGGUUAUCAAAAGCAGAGAUUUAUACCCUUACAUUUUUAAUAUCGGGGAUAUGUAAUCGUGGAGAUAAUGCAACAACAAAAUCUGCUUUAUUCUUGACAGAAGGAUUGAAGAUUGUUGAGAGGGAGAUAUAUUCGAAUGAUGAUAAUCAAUUGCCGGUUCAUGAUGUCAUCAAAUCUAAAAAAUUUUACGUUAUGCUAAAGGCAUACAUGCUUCAACACCUAGUUGACUCUUAUUUGCUGAGGUCAGAAUAUAAUGAUGCCGAGAAAACUAUUGCGCAAUUGAUGAAUUGGUUGACCUCGUAUAAUUUAUGGGCGCAAUUCCAAGUACCAGUAGCACUUGCACUAGGAAUGAUAAACCAAUGCGUUGGUAAAGCCUAUGAAGCAAUGGAAUAUUAUAAAGAAGUAGAAAAGACCACCGAAAAUAGAGAAAUUAGAAUACUAACCAAAGUUAACCGUGCUUUAAUAUUAUUUGGUAGUUCCGGUAAUAACCAACAACAGCAAGAUAUUGGAAUAAUAAUAGAGGAAAUAAAACAAGAAAUGAUGUAUCAAACACAUCACAUAGAUAAUUUAAGAGCCAUGGUACACUUUUUGGAGGCAUUAUCGUGUGGUGAUUAUACACGAACAAAAGAACAUUUGGCAGAAACUUUAAAAUUGUCAUCAACAUCAUCCAAUAAUCAGCUUAAAGCUUUAACGCUUUCGGUUCUUGGUGCGAUUUUCUAUUCUACACAGAAUGAACAAGCGGAAAAGAUGUUAACCGCCGCAUAUUUGUUAUCCAAGAAUGCAAAUAAUGAUUUAGGAUGCUCUGUUUCUGGUCGUCUUUUAAAAGAUAUUUAUGAAUUUCGAUGUAACCAACAAAAUUAUUCGAAACAAUCGGCAUUUAAUGAACAACAUGAGCUAAUAGUAAGUAAAUCACUCACAGAUUGGAAUGAAAAAGGUAGAGUAGUACUGGAUUUGAUGGAUGGUGAUGGAGAUGAUGUUUCAAAUUCUACCUCCACACUACAUCUCCAUAAUGCUAGUGAAAGUAGUAUAAAUUCUUCAGGUACAAACAUGAUACAUAGCGUUCCUGGAGGAGGUGGAUAUGAUAUCAACAACAAGGAGAAUGAUAAAGAGAAUAAUAACAACAGUAGCAGUUUAAGUUUGAAUAAACUCAAUUUUGAUAAUAGUGAGAAUAACCUAACAUUUACGGAAUUUAAUUCAGAAAUAUUAUUAAUAAUAUUAGAAUAUUUAUAUAUGGGGAACAUAACGAUGGAAUCAUUAACAUUAACAAAUGUGGUAGAAGCGUAUUUAGGAGCGGAAUAUUUUUUAUUACCAGGAUUGGAAGAAAUCAUCAUAACAUUUCUAGAUAACGCAUUAAAAUGUAGCGCGGAUAAUAAUCUAUCGGCGAAGAUCUUAACCCAUGCAUCGGAAUUUAUGUUACCAUCAUCUGAUGAUACGCUCUUUCGCACAUUACAUAAUUGUCUAGUGAUAACCCCGUUAGAAUCCAUUGAUUAUGAUAAUUUGACGACCGAAGGUUUAACAUUUAUUUUAUCACCUCUUAAUAUUAAUACGAGCUAUGAAGAAUUCGUUACAUCGGAAUAUGGAAUAUUUCGUUAUAUAACAUUAUGGUCUGCGUAUCAUUGUGAUGAGAAUAAUGAUUCGAUUUUGUCAUACUUUGAACCAUUAUUACCGUCAUCAGAUCACGCCGAACAUUUGGACGCGGGGGAAUUAGAACAAUUAAGAAAAUUACACGAAAAGAAUUCAAAAAAAUCGAAAUCAAAGGAAAUUAAAUCAUCAAUCACGACAACAUUAAAUGCAUUAUUACCUAGCGUGGAUUUUAAACUGAUUCACCCUUCAAUAUUAGCCAACAUAAUUGAACCCUUGGAUAUCGUGCCGAAUGAUAUGUUGAUUGACGCUUUUAGGUAUCAAGCGCAAUUACCCGCAGGUUCAGGUCCAAAGCGUAAUCGUGGUACUAUAACGGCCAAACCGGAAAAUUUGAGAUUACAAUGGAGUCAACAAGCUUGUGGUAAACAAUGUAUGCUAUUGGAAAAUGACAUUUUAUUAAAAUCAUCCUCAAAAAAAUAUGAAUGGGCCAGAACCACUUUACCCAUUCGUGCAAUUAGCCUGGAUAGUCUGAAUAGUCUAAAUACCCCUAAUAAUACCCCAAAUCUUACCCCCAAUAAUCAAAAUACUCCAAACACUUCAAAUACUCCAAUUAUUUCUACCUCCGAUUCAACGUCACAAAUUUCUGCCGAAUAA